UGCUAGUGGCGGGAGGAGUAAAGAUGGCGGUGCUGUGGUCUCCGCCUUCUGCUCCCGGGUGAAGCGCUCUGAGGGAGGCGGCAGCGGCAACCCAAGCUGCACCAACAGUCUUGUGGUGGUAGUUUCGGCAGCACCUGUCCAGGCCGGAGCCAUGGCGGAGCUGGAGCACCUGGGCGGGAAGCGGGCAGAGUCGGCGCGAAUGCGGCGGGCUGAGCAGCUGCGGCGCUGGCGGGGCUCGCUGACAGAGCAGGAGCCGGCGGAGCGACGAAGCACGGGGCGGCAGCCACAGACUAGGCGCGGGAGCCCCAAGGUCCGCUUCGAAGACGGCGCUGUGUUUCUGGCUGCCUGCUCUAGCGGGGACACGGACGAGGUGAAAAAGCUUCUGACGAGAGGUGCGGACAUCAACACCGUCAACGUGGACGGCUUGACAGCCCUGCACCAGGCCUGUAUUGAUGAAAAUUUGGACAUGGUGAAGUUUCUGGUUGAGAACAGAGCCAAUGUAAACCAGCAAGACAAUGAGGGAUGGACACCCCUUCAUGCAGCAGCUUCCUGUGGCUAUCUCAAUAUAGCAGAGUAUUUCAUUAACCAUGGAGCCAGUGUGGGUAUGGUGAAUAGUGAAGGUGAGGUCCCUUCUGACCUUGCAGAAGAGCCAGCCAUGAAGGAUCUUCUUCUGGAGCAAGUAAAGAAGCAAGGAGUUGAUCUAGAGCAGUCAAGAAAGGAAGAAGAGCAACAGAUGUUACAGGAUGCCCGCCAGUGGCUCAACAGUGGGAAAAUAGAGGAUGUGAGGCAGGCCCGCUCAGGAGCCACAGCCCUCCAUGUGGCUGCUGCCAAGGGCUACUCUGAAGUGCUCAGACUUCUAAUUCAGGCUGGCUACGAACUCAACGUUCAGGAUCUUGAUGGCUGGACUCCCCUCCAUGCAGCAGCACACUGGGGAGUGAAGGAGGCUUGUUCCAUCCUGGCAGAAGCACUCUGUGACAUGGAUAUCCGGAACAAACUGGGUCAGACGCCAUUUGAUGUGGCUGAUGAGGGUCUUGUGGAACAUUUGGAGAUGCUCCAGAAGAAGCAGAAUGUGCUUCGAAGUGAAAAGGAGACACGAAAUAAACUCAUUGAGUCAGACCUGAACAGCAAGUUGCAGAGUGGACUCUUUAAGAACAAAGAGAAGAUGCUAUAUGAGGAAGAGACACCUAAGUCCCAAGAAAUGGAGGAAGAAAAUAAAGAAUCCAGCAGCUCUAGUUCAGAGGAAGAGGAAGGUGAAGAUGAAGCUUCUGAGUCAGAAACUGAGAAGGAGGCAGAUAAAAAGCCAGAAGCCACCGUCAACCAUUCCAACUCUGAAAGCAAGAGUAGUGUCAUGGAGCAGAUACCAACACCAGCUCAGAAUACCUUCUCUGCCUCUUCUGCUAGGAGAUUCUCCUCCAGCCUUUUUAACAAGCCAGAAGAGGCCAAAGAUGAAUCUCCUUCUUCAUGGAGAUUGGGACUCAAAAAAACUGGCAGUCACAACAUGCUGAGUGAAGUGGCCAAUUCCAGAGAAGGCCUAAGGGAUCGAGGCUCUUCCAUCUACCGCUCCUCUUCAAGCCCUCGGAUCUCUGCUCUGCUGGACAACAAAGAUAAGGAAAGAGAAAACAAAAGCUACUUUAGUUCACUAGCAUCCCGGAGGCUCAGUAGCACAAAUGACAUUGAAGAAAAGGAGAACAGAGAGUCAGCUGUUAAUCUAGUGAGGAGUGGCUCCUAUACUCGGCAGCUGUGGAAGGAUGAAGCAAAGGGAAAUGAAACUCCACAGACAAUUGCUCCUUCCACCUAUGUAUCAACCUACUUGAAAAGGACUCCUUACAAAUCCCAGGCUGACUCUACAACAGAGAAGACAGCAGAGAGUGUCUCUUGUAGCACCCCCCUCUGUGUGAUCACCAAUCGUCCUCCACCUAGCACUGCCAAUGGGGUCACAGCUGCCACUGUGCUCUCCUCUACUGGAACAGACUCCUCUGUGGAAGCCAGGGAGAAGAGGAGGUCCUAUCUGACUCCUGUACGGGAUGAGGAAGCAGAGUCUUUACGGAAAGCACGUUCCAGACAAGCUCGGCAAACACGAAGAUCUACUCAAGGUGUUACUCUAACAGACCUUCAAGAAGCAGAAAGGACUUUCAGCCGGUCCAGGGCAGAGAGACAGGCUAGUGAAAAACCUGCAGACACUGAAGGACUGGAGGGGAGCACUGAGAAGCAAGAGCCCUCAGCUGUCCCAGCAAAGGAAGCUGGGGAAGACCAGCAACCCUGGGGCAGGAGUCUGGAUGAAGAGACUGUCUAUCGUCGUCUGAGGUGUCCAGCUCAGCCAGACAAACCCACAAAACCAGUGUCUCCUUCUACAUCAAGACCUUCACUCUUCACCAGUUCUCAUCUGCUACGAACAAGUAGAUGUUCCAUCCCUGAUUCUGAGAGUUCAGAGAUCACUGUGAAUACUACAGCUGCAAAGGAAAUGGACAAAAAUGAGAGUGAAGAAGUGGAUUUGGAUGAUCAGUCCUCUAACAGGCUCUCCAUUCGAGAGAGGAGGCGGCCCAAGGAACGACGAAGAGGCACGGGCAUCAACUUCUGGACAAAAGAUGAGGAUGAAACUGAUGUCUCUGAAGAGGUCAAGGAAACACGGCAUGAAAGACUUUCUAGGUUGGAAUCAGGAGGUGGUAACCCUACAACCAGUGAUUCUUAUGGUGACCGAGCCUCAGCAAGAGCCCGUCGGGAAGCCCGGGAGGCUCGUCUAGCCAGCCUGACCAGCCGUGUGGAAGAGGACAGCAACAGGGAUUAUAAAAAACUCUACGAGAGUGCCCUGACUGAAAACCAAAAACUGAAAACCAAACUUCAGGAGGCCCAGCUAGAGCUAGCAGAUAUAAAAUCCAAGCUUGAGAAGAUGGCCCAGCAGAAACAAGAAAAGACCUCUGACAGAUCAUCAAUGCUAGAAAUGGAGAAACGGGAGAGACGAGCCUUGGAGCGGAAAAUGUCAGAAAUGGAAGAAGAGAUGAAGGUGUUAACAGAACUGAAAUCUGACAACCAGAGACUGAAAGAUGAAAAUGGCGCCCUCAUCAGAGUGAUCAGCAAACUGUCCAAAUAGACAAGGCUCCAGGUGUGGGAAGGCAUCUGCUGCCCUGCCCCUCAUUUCCAGCCAUUGCCUUCCAGCCAAAAGAAGUGAAUGUUUUGGUGGAAGGAAGGACACUUCUCUCUGACCCUCUUCAGUCACAUCCUCUGCACUGUACAUUUUCUCUGCACUCUCAAUGCCCUGUUCCUCCCACACCCUCACCCCAAGUUUUAUGACAGUUUUAAUUGAAGCAUGAUUGUGAUCAUUGGAGCCAUCUGGAAAAGGCCCCAUGGAGCACACCAAGCUCAGCUAUGGACCCAAGCUUCCUGCUGCUCUCCUACUUUGUCCACAUUGGAUUUGGUCCAAACACAUAAGACAUGCCUAGCCUUUAUGCUGACCCAGUAUCCUUUAAUAUAAGUGAGUCUUGUGGUACCACUCCAGGUUCCUGUCUGGGGUGCCAAGAGAAAUGGCAGGAUGUGGAAUUAAUCAUCAGCCUCUGGAGCUGUGUUUCUUUGGAGUCCACGGGGACAGUGACCGCACUGAAGCUCUCUGUUCUUCACCUCUCAGGAACUGACUUAUAUUUUUUCCUCAGCAAUCCAGAGCCAUUCCUGACUAGUCUUAACCCCUCUUCCUCCCUCAUGCCUAACCUUUAUCCAAGGCACUGAUGGCCCUGGCCUCACUUAUUCCUCUACCUUCUAUCCUUUCGUUCUUUCUCUCCCACACCCUUGCCUCCAGAGCACUCAAGGACCUUGGUUUUUUGUUUUGUUUUGUUGUGACCAUUGUGGAAGAUCAUUACUCUGGAGACUAGAAAAUCAUGACUCUUGUGCUUUGGGGUGGCUUCAUGAGCCCUGUAUAUAAAAAGCGAGACCAUGGCAGAAGUGUCAGCCUGCUAUUCACAUCUCCCACUUAUCUUCCCCCUGAAAAAUGGUUUUUCUUAUUAG